AUGGAUGGAAAAGUUAAUGAACCAAAAGAUGAACUCUCUGCUGCACACGAGACGACUUCACGAUUGCAAACUGAAAUUCAAAGAUAUGAAAGCCAAGUUGUACCAGCUCUUGAAAAUAAAGUGAGAUCGCUAGAAGAAGGAAUGACACGUAGUGAUGAGCGGAUAAAGAAAAAGGAAAAAGAGAAAAAGGCUGCUGAAUCUUUGAGAGCAGUGAAAGCCCAAAAGGAAGCACAACAAAAAACAGAGGCAAACAUACAAGAAGUGACAGAGGAAAAAGCAGAGAGAAUAAAGAGAGAAGAACAGGAAAAGAAAGAAAAAGAACAAAAAGAGGCUGAGGAAGAAAAUAAAAAGUUAGUCCAAGAACGCGAUUCUUUAAGUUUUGCAUUGCAAAUCGUAUCCAGAGAAGCAGCUACUCAAUGCCGUUCAAUGAGUAACACCUCUAACGAACAUACCAUUGUCCAAAAUAUGGAUGAGUCAACACCUUGCGCCAACAAAGAACAAGGCUUCAUUGUGAAAUCAAAGAACAAAAGAAAGAAAUCGAAAGGUAAAGGAGGUCCUAAUAACACCCUGACAGGAAAAGAAUCCGAACCCGAAAAACAACCAAAAGAGCGCACAACCCUGCUCAUAGGAGAUUCGAUGAUCUCAAGAAUACCUGGAAAAGAUCNUAUUGCAUAG